AUGGCGAUGAAGCAGAGCAGUAACAUCAGAUUCGAAAUACCCAUUUAUCACAAAUGACCGCAAAGUCUUCUUCAAGAAAUCAACCGCGCUCGCUCAGUCGUCGUCAACAUUCAGCUUUGAGAGGGAAACGUUUAGAUUGAUAAAUUGGUGAUGAAGAUUACAAAGAUUGAAUGCGACGUCGUUCCCUUGAGCCUUUCCAUACAAAUAACGGUAAGCUGCCUUUGGCACAAUAAGUGAAAAAACACAUUCAAUCCCAGAAUAGUAGAGGAGACUUCACAAUAUGCAAAGGAUUGGACGACUAAGAGAAUAUGUGGAAUCAGUUCUAUGUAAAGCAACUUACCCUGAUUCUUACUAUUCUUUGUAUAUGAAAAUCUUGCAACUUUGUAUCGACCAAAGAACCGAAAGAGCUGGUCUUUGGGUUCACAAACAUGUUACAGUAAAUGGGUUUGAUUCAAAUGUGCACUUGGACACCAAACUGAUCGUCUUCUAUGCUAAGUUUGGAUGGAUGGUUGCUGCUCGCAACUUGUUCGACAGAAUGUGUGAGAGAAGUAUUGUCUCUUGGACUGCUAUGAUUUCUGGGUACACGCAAAAUGGGUGUUAUGGAAAUGCUUUGAUGGUAUUUGUGGAGAUGUGCCGGGCAGGUGUUAAGGCUAAUCAGUUUGGGUAUGGAAGCACCUUGAGGGCGUGUACUGGUUUGAGAUGUUUGGAGAGAGGUAAACAGAUACAAGGGUGCAUUCAAAAGGGAAGGUUUGUUGAUAAUUUAUAUGUGCAAAGUGCAUUGGUUGAUUUUUAUUCGAAGUGUGGAAUGAUGGAGGAUGCAAGUUCUUUGUUUGAAGCAAUGUCAAAAAGGGACUUGGUCUCUUGGAAUACAAUGAUUGGCGGCUAUGCUGUUCAGGGGUUUACCAAUGAAUCGUUUCACGUAUUUCACUCAAUGAUGCAGGAAGGCAAGACCCCUGAUUGCUUCACCUUGGCAAGCCUUUUGAGAUCCUUAGCUAGAGGUAGUUGUUUCAUGAAUGUUAGCCAAGUGCAUGGACUCAUCAUCCAAUUGGGUUUUGGAUCAUGUAACUCUUUGAGUGGAUCAUUAAUUGAUGCAUAUGCAAAAUGUGGAAGCAUAGACAGUUCUCAUCAAUUAUACAAGAGUAUGGUAAAAAAGGAUAUUAUAUCUUGCACUGCAUUGAUAACUGGAUAUGCACGAGAUGUUAAGCACACCAAAGAUGCCUUCAAUCUCUUCAAAGAGAUGAAUUAUAAGCACGUGGGGAUGGAUGGAGUUAUAUUAUGCUCUAUGCUUAAUCUUUGCGCAAACAUAGUUUCAUUAAGCCUAGGAAGACAAAUCCAUGCUCUUACUAUCAAAUACCAAUUUUGCUAUGAUGUGGCCAUGGGCAACGCCCUCAUUGACAUGUAUGCGAAAUCUGGAGAAAUUGAAGAUGCUCACUGUGCUUUUGAUGAUAUGAAAGAGAAAAAUAUAAUUUCAUGGACUUCAUUGAUUACUGGAUAUGGGAAGCAUGGAUAUGGCCAGAAGGCAAUUGCAUUAUAUAAGAAGAUGGAAUGCGAGGGAUUGAAGCCGAACGAUGUUACGUUCCUGUCCCUUCUAUUUGCUUGUAGUCAUACUGGAUUGACAACAGAAGGAUGGGAAUGCUUCAAUGACAUGGUUAAUAAAUACAAUAUCUUUCCUCGAGCAGAGCAUAUAUCUUGUCUGGUAGAUCUUUUUGCACGUGGAGGUCGAUUGGAAGAAGCUUAUAAUUUAAUAUGCAAGAUGAAAGUAAAGCCUACUGCCUCACUUUGGGGUUCCAUUCUUGGGGCAUGUAGCAUCUAUGGCAAUAAGUCUCUUGGAGAAGUAGCUGCAAUGCAUCUAUUUAAAAUGGAUCCAAGAAAUUCAGUAAACUAUGUCGUUCUAGCAAGCAUCUAUGCUGCUGGUGGUGCAUGGGAAGAUGCUUUGAAGAUAAGGAAUUUAAUAGAAGAGAGAAGUUUAAAGAAAGAACCGGCAUGUAGUCUUCUACAGUUUACGAAGGAUAAAACUAUACUUUAGCAGGACAGUUUAUAAAAAUACAAAAUUUUCAGAAUUUGCUGUUAUUUGAAAUGAAAAGCAAGGACUCAACGGCUGAAGUUAGCUCACGCUAAUACCAGGUUGAGAAGCUUAGUGGCAUAAAGUGACAUCCUGGGUGACAGCUUAACUCAUAACAGAGGCCUAGCCUCAGGUAAUCACUGAGUUCUACGCUGUUAUUGCUAAAUUAUGCUACCUUUCCUUAUUACUUCGUUUUUCAGAUUGUUGAAUUGUUUUUUUAUGUUUUUUGGACGGUGGGUUGUUGAAUGUUUGCUGAUCUGUGGAAUGGUCAUAUGCUUGUGGACAUAAUUUACAAGAGCAUGAACAUACGAAGAGACAGUUUUUUGAGAUCCCUUGUUAAAGCUUAGAGAACAAGGCAGAGAACAUUCAUCAUCAAGCUGUCAAUGGAAAUUGGAACUUUCUUUUGGCAUCUUCAAGUUGCUAAUUGCUGUUGAAUCUUCUUGUGGUAAGAUGCCCAGAUUCAUCAAACAGUUACCAGAGAAAGACAUGCUGCAGAUGAGGGUAGAUGAGACUGGCCACAGGUCACAUUGAAGCUUUUCUCUUUUGGUGGAUUCCACUGGAGUCUAGGGAUGGAGCAUAUUCAGAAAAUAUUGAGGAUUUGUUUCCAGCUGAGAGAGCUUGGUAGUUGGUAGCUGCUGAGAGUAUGUAUGGUUGAAAAGGAGAUAAUACUGAGCUAUUUUUUUUAAAAAAAAAAAAAAAAGACAAACAAACAAACAAACACACACACACAUUUGUGUGUGGAGAAUUAGCGGUAUUUUGGGUGCUGAAAAUAAUAGGUAUAUAUAUAUAAUUACAUAA